AUCGUGGCCAGCCUCUCUGCCCGCUUGCUCGGCCAUCGCCAGUCCAACGAUACCCAUCCAGCCAUGUUGACCGCCACCGGCAGCCGGCUCUACGCCUGCAACAACCACGGCCCCGACCACGACCUGUUCCUCUCGUACCGGGUCGCCACCGAUGCAGACACCGCCAGGGAACUCAAGCAGAUGCUCUCCUUGGCUGCCCUCCGUCGAUACGGCAAACCGCUUGCUGUCUUCCACGAUGUCGACUGCCUCGUCGACGCCCGCGACUGGCGAGACGGCUUUCUUGGUGCCCUCCCCAAGAGCAAGGCCGUUAUCCUCCUCCUCAGCCAGGCUUCGAUGGACCUGAUGAAGGACAAGGUCCUCUCGAGCCAGGAGGACAAUGUCGUCCUCGAAAUCAAGACCGCCCUCGACCUCAAGGAUGCCAAUCCCGCUCUGCCUGUCCUUCCCCUCGGAAUCGCCACCAAGGAGACCAAGGACGGCGUCGAUGUCUUCACUCCCUUCCUACCGCACAAGGUGUCUCUCCCCGACGACCCGGCCUUUGCCUCGGUCAAGGAAACCCUCGGCAGAAUGAACCAGAUCCAGAUGUUUGGCAUUCGUCCCGACCAGAUGCACCAGCGAGUCUACCGCAUCCUCAACCUGCUCCACCCCGUGCAAGUCGAUUCCGCCACCAAAAUCGCACUCUACGACUCGCUCUUCUGCGACUCCAAGUUCCGAGUCGAUCCCGCCCACCUCGACACCUUGCUCAAGCAGCUCACCCUGACUGGCCGCGCCGUCAUCUCGGGCAUGGGCGGCAUGGGCAAGUCCGUCCUGGCCCUCCAGAUUCUCCACUUCAUGAUGGGCACCCUCGACGUCAGCAACAAGGACGACCUCAAAACCGUCAAAGACGAGACCAUCGGCAUCAAGCCGCAGUACAACCAAGUCUUCUGGAUCAACUGCUCGACCGAGUCGACUGCCCUCGAUGGGCUGUGCGAACUGUUUGAUGGUGUCGAGCCAGAGAAGGUCAAGAAGCAUGCCGCCAAGUUCCUCGCCAAGACACGCGGCUAUCUCCUGGUGCUCGACAAUGUCGAUGACAUCGGCGUGGUCGACUCUGUGUUUGAGCACUCCAAGUCGGUCGGGUUCAGCGGCGAUGUGGUGGUGACGACCCGACUGGCCUCGCUGCCUCCCGGUGCAUUCGCCAGUGCUGUCAAAGCCAAGAACCCUGGAUAUAGACAUGACCCACUCCGCCUGGGUAACUGGGACGAUACAACCACCCUGAACUACAUUCUGUCAACGUCAUCUGUCUUUGCCGAGAGGAUUGUUACCGAAGAGGCUCGAGAGGCUCUCAAGCGAAUCAUGACCAAGAUCGACGGAUAUCCGCUCGUUAUUCAGACAUUCAUGACCUUCUACGAGAACAACGAGGUGCCGCUGUCCGAGAUCGAGCGGCUGUUCUCCAAGGUCCUCGAGGAGCAGGAUGGCGAGGACGAGACUCGGUCGUCGCUCAAGGUGAUUGUGGAUCUGUCGCUGGACUCGAUUAUGAAGCGAGGGAAUGAAGGCAUCGAGGCGGCCAGGCUGUUCGGUGCCCUCAGUCUGGUGGCGCCGACCAACAUCCAGUUCGAGCUGAUCAAGGAGAUCGUGCAGAAGAUGGAGCUCAAGACCGAUGUGACUGAUCUGAUCAAGAUGGUGAUCCAAAGCGGCCUUCUCCGAAGCGGAGCCGAAGGGCUGUACUCGACCCACUCGCUGACUCAAUUCGUUGCCAGAGAGUAUAUCCAAAAGCGUGAGGAGCUCAACGCAGAGGAGGCCCGGCGUCUGAUUGGCAACGUGUUGAUUUCGAUGACGGACUCGCUUGACGCCAAAGCACUCAAGUUCUCGAGCCACCUUGAUACUUAUUCUGCCAUCGCGAUUCCGGAAGAGUACUCGAGCAAACUGCAUCCGCUGCUUGUUUUCCGAAUCUCAAUGUUGGCCCACGGUCAAGCACAAUAUGGCAAAGCUAUUCACGUGUUGCUCAGCAACCUCGACCGAAUCAAGGCAUUUUGUUGCACCGAAAGCCAUCCGAACGUGGCCCAGGCUUAUACAUACCUUGGAAACGCGUAUUUUAGCCAGGGCGAUGUGAAAGCAGCCCAGCGGUACUACCAGCUGUCGCUUGACGUGUACUCCAAAAUUCACCGGUCAGAAAAUCACCGGUCGAUUGUCGCAAUCCUGGGAAACAUGGGUAUGAUUUCGUACCAGCAAGGCCGAAUGAACGACGCCCUUCAGUUUUAUCAGCGAUCGCUCGACAUUGCAUCCAAGGUGUACAAGACCCGAGAGCACCCGAUAUUCAUCCAUAUUCUGAGCGGCAUGGGCUCGGUGGCCCUCUUUCAAGAUCGCUUUGACGAUGCCAUGCAAUACUAUCAGGAGUCUCUUUCCAUCGCCAAUACCGUGUUCAAGUCCCGCAAUCAUCCUCAGUUCGCCCGUACGCUCAGUGAAAUGGGGGACGUUGCCCGUGCUCAGGGCCGGUUGGGAGACGCUAUCGAGCACUACCAAGAGUCGCUUGAUAUUGCAGUCAAAAUCUACGACUCACGCAAUCACCCCAUUGUAUCUCGGGCGCUGAAUGGGCUGGGCACAGUCGCCAGGCUGCAGCUGAGAUUCAACGAUGCACUGGUGUACUUGCAAGAGUCACUCGACAUACGAUACCGAAUCUAUGGCACCCACGAGCACCCCGAGAUAUCCACUGGUCUGCUACAGCUGGGAAACGUGAAUGUGGAACUGAAGAACGAUGACGAGGCGCUAAGGUGCUACUGGCAGGCAUAUAAGGUGGCUACGAAGGUGUACGGCACCGACGAUCACCACGACGUUGCUGUCGCCCUGGAUAACAUUGGCCGGCUGGAACAAAGGCGAGGAAACCGGAUCCAGGCUCGCGAGCUGUUUUCCAGGGCACGCGACAUCUAUCAGAAGGUCUAUGGGUCUGCAGCUCAUCCUGCAGUUGUGAAGCUCACGAAAAAAUUGGAUGCUACUCUCUCCGACACCUCCAUUGGCCAACCGGAUACUCAAUGA